AUGUUUUUCGAUGGAGCUUCGAAUGACUUGGGGCAUGGCAUAGGGGUUGUGUUAGUAUCACCAGAAGGAGGUCAUUAUCCCAUUAUAGCCAAGCUCAAUUUCUAUUGCACCAAUAAUGUGGCUGAAUAUGAAGCUUGUGUCAUGGGACUUCAGGCAGAAAUUGAGAGGAAAAUUCACAUUUUGAAAGUAUUUGGGGAUUUUGCUUUGGUUAUUUAUCAGUUACGAGGAGAAUGGGAGACACGCGACUCGAAGUUAGUCCGAUGUCAUAAGUUUAUUUCAAAGUUGAUUGAAAAUUUUGAUAAGAUUUGCUUCACCCAUUUACCCCGAGAGGAGAACCAAAUGGCUGAUGUAUUAGUCACACUAGCAGCAAUGUUCAAAGUUGGUACCGAUGUUAAGAUUCAACCCAUCAUGAUUAAUCUUCGAGAGUGCCCUGCACACUACUUCAGUGUAGAGGAAGAAGUAGACGAGAAACCGUGGUACCAUGAUAUUAUGCAUUAUCUCAAGUUUCAGCAAUAUCUGAAACAAAGCUCAGAAAAUGAUAAGAAAACCAUUAGAAAGUUGGCAAUGAAUUUCUUCUUGGAUGGGGACAUCUUAUACAAGAGAAGUAGGGAUCAAGUGCUUUUGAGAUGUGUGGAUUCAGCAGAGGCUUGGAGAAUAGUUGAGGAAGUUCACGAAGGAAUUUGUGGGGCACAUGCAAGUGGGCAUAUGUUGGCAAGACAGGUCAUGAGAGCAGGGUAUUACUAG